AUGGAGAGGUGGUCAAUUGUGAUAAGUAUAAAAACACUAUUUUUCAGGAUUGAAGACAUCAGUCGACAACAGUUACCGCUGCUUGUUAAACCACCACCAAACCUUAACAAAAUGAAAUCUAUUGUGCUGGUUUGUGCGCUCAUCGCUGCAGCUUACGCUGCCCCGCAAGGUUCUUCUACUGAACCGAUUCCCAUUGUGAAGGAUGAAAGUCAGAUCAAUGGCGAUGGUUCUUACCAAUAUGCUUACGAAACUGGCAACGGCAUCGUCGCAGACGAGAAGGGCGAACUUAAACAAGUUGGUGACGUCCAGGCGAUCUCAGUGCAGGGCGAGUACUCCUACCCCGGCGAGAAUGGCGAAACCAUCCACAUUUCUUAUACCGCUGAUGACCAGGGCUUCCACCCACAGGGUGACCAUUUGCCAACUGCCCCGCCAGUACCAGAAGCCAUCCAGCGUUCCCUUCAGUAUAUUGCUUCAGCGCCUGCAUCCGCUGACGCUUCCGCACAACCCAGUAAAUAG